AAUUAAUUAACGCGUCUCUGACCUCAUGACUUGGCUGUCGAGUCUCUUCGGCCUCGCAGAACGGACAAUGGACGCGGACGGUUCGCAGCAGACUGGUCGCCCGGGACCUCACGAUGCAGGCAAUCUGAACGAGGUUGCUGCUCCGCCUCCUGUGUACGAUGUAUCUGAGAGGCCGGUGCGGCUGAAUGAUUACCUGGAACACCAGCCAGCACGCAGAGCUCAGAUAGACCCUCGAGACGAGAGAUAUGAACCGGUUGGACCCGAUGAUGUGCAGAGCCCGGACGAAAACCCGCAAGAGAAACACCCUAAACCAGAACGCAUGUUGAAAUUCCUGCAGACGACCUAUAUUGUGUCCUAUCUUGUGUUAUUCUCGAUGUUGGGGACUUUACUCCGGGUGGUCAUCGAAUGCCUGACCUUCUACCCGGGGACACCAGUCAAUACCAGUGUUCUGUGGGCGAACGUUGGGGGCAGUAUGCUCAUGGGCUUCCUGAGCGAGGACCAAGAGUUGUUUCACUUUGAAAGCGUCAGAUCAAGUCUCCCUCACCAUGUGAAAAACGCCCCGUCACAGCGUGCCGCGCAUAUCAAAGCCCACAAGAAAACCGUGCCCUUGUAUAUCGGGCUGACCACGGGCUUCUGUGGAAGCCUUACGUCUUUCUCCACCUUCAUGCGCGAUGUCUAUCUGGCACUCUCCAAUAACCCCGUGGUGCCAGCCGGAUCGUAUGACGAGGUCUCCCUGUUUGCGUCUGGCCCUGCCAGUUUGAAAUCUCCUAAUGGCGGGUUUAGCUUCAUGUCCAUUCUCGCCGUCCUCUUCACGGAGAUCGGCCUCUCCUUGGCCGGUCUCUUUCUUGGAGCUCAUCUUGCAGUGGGUCUCUCUCCAUGGACGCCCAGUCUGGCCCAAGUGUGGUUGCGCAAAUACGUCGACCCUUUUUCCGCUAUCCUAGCUUGGCUAUCAUGGAUCCUUGUCAUCUGUCUCGUAGUCCUUCUGCCCCAAGAUCACGGAGCAACCACGUUAUGGAGUCCCAAUAUAUGGCGCGGACCGUUUCUUUUCUCUCUUGUCUUUGCACCAAUUGGUUGCGUAUCCCGCUUCUAUCUCUCCCUCAAGCUAAAUAGCCGGAUACUCGGUUUCCCGCUGGGAACAUUUACGGUGAACAUAGUAGGCACAAUGGUAUUUGGAAUGGCAUACUCGAUACAACAUGCCACCGUCAGCACUUCUCCGCUCACCAUCGGCGGAAUUACCGGCUGCGAGGUGCUGGAAGGGAUCAUGGACGGGUUUUGCGGGUGUCUGACCACUGUCAGUACCUGGGUUCUUGAACUGUCCGAUUUGCAGCGUCAGCAUGCUUAUAUUUAUGGGAGUGUGAGUGUGGCCGUUGCUUUGGGUUUCCUCGUCGUCGAAAUCGGGAGUCUGCAGUGGACUCGAGGUCUCGCCACACCUGUGUGUUUCCGGUGACACGUAGGCGUGUUCACAACGCGGCUGUCCUGGGAUGGAAAAGGCUUAAUCUGGGGGGUACUCCGAUAGAUCUUGUCAGUAUACCUGGACAUAGAGUCAGACAUCAUAGCGAAUCAAUGUGCCUGCUGCCACGUUAGAUAUCUGGGCACCGAAAAACAUAUUACAAGUCCAUUUCAGUCCUCCAAUUGCCUUCAUAACUCUUAGAGACCUAUGGUACCUAGUACAUAGAAGCCCAUUUUCGUUCCGGUCUCAGCCGAAUCAAGAGAUUUACAUAGUACCUGUUCACAGCUGAGCUUACCAAAGUCCCUACUUCCGCAGCUUCAAUA